CACACAUUGAGCUACCCGCAAACGAAACACAACUGUCCGCGUGAAUUGGGUCCUUGCUACACUCUUCAACGGUGCAGAUUUGGGCCAAGACCGUUUUGGCAGCCGAAAUUGUUGGGAGAUUUAGACGACUCAAGCUGUGGUAGACCACAGUACGCCGCCGGUACAUCCCAGCUGUACAUCGGCACGCAGACCAACCACAUUUAUAUAAUAUCUUCUCCACGACUUCAAACUGGUGCUGAUUUCCACUCAACUGACCAUUCCAGUUUCACCAGACAGCAUCCGCAGCUUAAACGAAAUCGGUUGAACAAACGAAGACGGCCGAAACUCCAUGCCGGCAUGUAUUGCUACCGGUGAAAUCGAUAUUGGUGAUACUAGCCGCGCAUGUUUAAACAACCCAUCGAUCAAUGUUGCUGAUUUCCUAUGCUUGCAUCGGCUAGGUUCCAAGUAUGCAUGCACUCUCGUGAUAUAAGACAUUGGAAAAUAAAGUUUCGCAUAAAUUGGAGCAAGAUUGCUUUGAUUCAAGUGUAGGGCACAGGUUUUUAUGUUUAUUUGGAUCCUCGAAAAGGAGCGGCCAAGGGUUCGACCACCUUAGAUUUCGGAGUUAAAAACUGCUAUCGAUGUUUCGGGAAAGUAAUAAAGGAGUAACAGUGACCAGAGCACGUGCUCCUUCACUGAGGCAUACCCGUGAAAAAAUCUACCUAACCAUUUGUCAAUGAACGGUUUCUGAACAUUUAACACGGCUGGUUGAAGUAAUCCCGAUACAUUCUUUAUCUGGUGCAUUGGAUCAAAUAAGGAGACAGGUGUUCUCACCAAGACUAAAUUUGUUUUCGUGUAAACAAUUUCACUCCUGUGUACCUUUAUGAGAUCUGUGGUAAGAGAAAAAGGUAGUAAGGUUGUUUGUAGAUGGAUUUUUAAAGAUUACGGAACAAUGUCUGACUGUGUUUGAUCCACGAGAUAUAAGGAAGCAAAGGUGUUUACAACCUACCCUUGAACUUCUCACUUCAACUUUAUUGGAUAUUCCGGAAUAAUAUUAUACAAAUUUAAGCGUUUUACGACUACGGUCAGGGCCAUAUUGAGGACAUGUACACAAAUCUUGACCGCCCCUAACAUACGGUUGGUGAACAACAUCUUGUCUGUUGAUUGGUCAGUUCCUAAUCAGGAAGUUUCUAAAGCAGUCAUGACGGAUUUAUUGGAGUCGCGUGUGCAGGUAUCACAGCGAUCGAGGACCCUUUAAAUGACAUAGUGUCGACCCAUGUACUCUAUAACGGAUUGUCAGGUUUAAAUAACGGCAUGUCUAUUUCUACCUGUGCGUUUACUUACCUGUGAUGCAGAGUAAAGAUAUGCAUGAUAAUGUAUACCUGUAAUACAUAUCAGUACAUGAGAUGCAUAACCGUCGUGUAUAUAUUGUACCAGCCAUUAUUGGACAUUUUUCUUAUAUUACAGGUAAACUAUCUGACGUCACACAGGUGUAUAUGGCCUGAUCUACCUGUACAUGAACUAUGUAUGUAUUAAACCUCAAUAACGAACAAUACACCCUACACGUCAAUAUUGUCGUCUGAGUGAUACAAUCAGCGGCAUAUAAGCUUCUUAUAUCUCUUCACGCAUGCGUAGAACAACAUGAAAUCGGAUUCGAAAUCAAUGACGCUAGAAACUUCAGUGGGAUCAGUUCCGAAAAGGCCGGCGUACACUCGACACACCACAAAGAAUGUGCCGAGACGCCAGUGGCUAGGAGCACGUCGGAGAAUAAGCUCAGUCAGUUUUGACAUUCAACCCAUUGAAGAAAACUUGUACGAGGAAAAGUAUGUAAGUCUCGGUAGAAACAAGGACCAUAAUAGCUACAGAAGGAUGAGUGCUCCAGAACUGCCCCCGAUAGAAUACCGGGCUAAGUACUCCCCGACACAGCUAGUGCUUCAGGGAUCCUUACUUCGUCGGACAUCGUACACUGGUCGAGCCGGCAGCCACCCUCAUAGUGCUACAAGUGAUGGCUCCCUUAGGGGCCAAACCGCAAAAUCUCCCCUUAGUGCCAACUCGUCGUCAUCGGGACAGAGCCUCGGGCAGCAGGGAAAGUCCGGCAAUAUCGGUCUGAAUAGGGGAAAGACAUGGUGUGUCCCGGAGCAAACGGAGCAAACGGACGUCGGAAGUCCCAGGACGGAACUGGGGAAGAGAAAACCUGUGGGAGUUACACAAAAUCAAAUAACACCGCGAUCAACUCGGUUACAGUUCCGGACGUCGCAUCUGUCCAGUAAGGAUAAUUCCUUGUCAAGCGGCAAUAACAAUACCACGUCUCUCCGGCGUCCGUUACCACACUGCAAAAGUGACUCCAGAAUUAUCGCGCCCAUUGAAGAGUUCCAAAAAUCAAAAACAUUUAUCAAACGGAAUAGUGAACAGAAACUGAAUGACAAAAACGCCAAGAAUAACCAAAGGACGUUGUCAAUUGACAAAACCGAAACUCUUACUCGGAGUAAAACAACAGCGGGCAAUGUAAAUGGAAUGCGGCGCUAUUCCUCGACUUUUGUGUUAAACUUUAAUAACAAGAGUAGUGAAAAUAUAUCAAGUACUACAGAACAAGAGAAUGAUGAUUCGGACUCGGAUUCUAACAAGGAUCAGUACAUCAUUAACUGGAUAAUAGGUGUUCAAUCAGAAGAGACGGAAAUCCCACCGGAACCGGAAAUAGAGUACCACGACGUGCCUCCGCAGACGGACACGGCAGUGCAUAUAGUGCACGAAGACUAAUUUCUCAUCAAACAAAUGUGAUAUUUUUCUAACGGAUAUAAUUAUCGUAAGUCUUUAUUGAAAACUUGUUGUUAGCUUAAAUUCGGUUGUUGUGUACACAACCUGGUUUCUAUGACGACCGCAGUUGAUCGUGGUAAGUUGUUUAUUGUUUGUUUACCCGGUAGUUUAGUUAAAAUUGUGUCUGAUAUCGAUCUCUGGUCGAUUUGUUACCUGUUGUGUGUACUGUUAUUAUGUUUAUGAAACAUUCAAAUAUCGAGGCCAUUUGGUCAAUAAUAACGAUUUUUCUUUGACUAGAUACGUUGAUAUUGAGUCCGGGUCAGCUUAAGGAUAGGUAAAAAAGGAUAACAACAGAAAGCAUACCUGUAUUUAUAUUCAAAUCCGCCUGAAGAAGCCCUAGAAGGCAGAAAGGCCUA